CUCGCGCUAGCACGCUAGCAGAAGCGUAUUUGUAUCUUUACAGCCCAUAUCUAAAUAUCCCUGUGUAAUCAUAUCUCGUCAGUUGAUGUUCGAACGAACACUACGAAUGUCUGUAACCGUUUUUAGUCCACGUCGGAGGUCUUAACUCAAGCAAUCACAAAGAAAAGUAACAAGUAGUCUCGGCAUAUGAAUUAGAUCGAUGUUGAAUGAAAAGAGUCGCAAAAGAAUCACGGUAAUCCCGUCCACAUCAGUCUCGUGUAUCUCUCGCGUGGUUCUCCGUCCCCUUUCGCAUGGGUAUAACAUUUUUGCGCGCGAAAUAAAUGUGAAAAUACAUCGAUAGUUCCUUUCUCUUGAAAGAUUAAUAAUGUAUCAAUCCGCAUAAACGAUUGUCCAAUUAUUUUCUCAGUUUUGUGAGUUGGUCAAAAGGAGUAAAAAAAGAAAGAAAAAAACGGAGUGUUUAUAAGAGAUGGCGGGCACCUACACGAAAAAAGAAUGCGGCGUUGGUUCGGAAGAACAAACUCUUCUCAAAGAUUCAAAUGGAGCAGCCCGAAUCGUUGCAAAGGGUAGCGAACCCGUUCGGUUAUCACCGGGUUGGGAAGGCACUGGAAAACCAGAAGACGAAUUGAACUUCAAGGGUGUAACAAUGGAUCAAGCCGACCUGGAAUUGAAUCCUCCGAAAGAUAGAUUGAAUAUCGUCUUUUUCAUCAUGCUGCUUCACGGGAUCGGCGCUUUGAUGCCUUGGAACGUAUUUAUAACGGCUAACGAUUACUUCACCAAAUUCAAGCUAUCGAAAACAUACACUGGCACGGACUUUGACACGACGAAUUUCCUCGCUGACAUCGGAUUUGCUUCGCAGAUCCCAAAUUUAUUUUUCAACUGGGUCAACGUGUUCAUACAAUUUGGUGGCAAUUUGACGACGAGAAUAGUUUGGGGGCUUUUCGUUCAAGGUGUCAUAAUCGUCUUCACAGUUAUACUCGCGAUGUCCGACACUUCUGGAUGGCCCGGUAUAUUUUACUGGAUCACAAUUGCCUCCAUCAUCGUUUUAAAUACUGCCAAUGGAAUUUAUCAAAAUUCGGUGUUCGGAAUGGCAGCGAAAUUGCCGGGAAAAUAUACUGGAGCCAUUAUCCUCGGCUCAAAUAUCAGUGGAACAUUUACGGCCGUAGUAAGUUUUCUGGCAAAAAUUAUGUUGCCCAAUGCCCGGACGUCAGCUAUUUAUUACUUCAUAACAGCUCUCUUCGUACUCCUAGCGUGCUUCGACACAUAUUUCGCGCUACCGAUAAACAGGUUUUAUCGUUAUCACGAGCUCGUCUAUGAGAAAGAGAAAAACAAGAGACAGCUUGAGAGUCGUACCGGAAGUAGCAGACCUCCUUACUGGUUGAUCUUUAAGCAAUGCUCGCCUCAGUGCUUCAAUGUUUUUUUCAUAUUUUUCGUGACCCUAUCGAUAUUUCCGGCCGUUCAAGUCGGUAUAGUACGUUCUGAUGAUAAAUUCAUCGUACCUGCUACAUAUUAUUCAGAUGUCAUGUGUUUCCUUACUUUCAACAUAAUGGCUAUGUUGGGAAGUUUAUUCGCCUCGUACUUCCAAUGGCCUAGUAAAAAAUGGGUCGUUAUACCGAUAGUUUUGAGAGUACUGUUCAUUCCGUUGUUCUUGAUGUGCAACUAUGCGCCAUUGAUGCGGACUCUGCCCGUAUACAUACAAAACGAUUGGAUUUAUCUCGCAAUCGCAGUGACGAUGGCUCUAACCAGCGGUUACUAUUCCUCAUUGGCCAUGAUGUAUUGUCCCACAAUGGUCGAGCCCCGUUACGCAUCAACGGCAGGAAUGUUCGGAGCAGCAUUCCUGAUCACUGGAAUAUUCAUGGGACUGAUGUUCGCUAGGGUGAUGCCCAUAAUCGUAACAAAUAUCAGCAUCGGUUGAUGGUAAAUCGAUUUGAAAAACAAACUAUAUUUAUACGUAAGUGAAAAAGGAAGAGUAACGUCCGUAAGGCGUUCAACGACGUCUUAAACUCCUAAAAGAGACGAAGUUAUCAAACGAUUAAAAUGGGGAAAAAAGAAACAGCCACACGUAAACUCAAAACAGCGAAUUUAACGAACAACAAGAACGAAGAAACAGAGAAAUUCAAUUCAGGCUUGCACGAGGCACAGAAAAUCGUUCUAUCUCGGAGAUGAAUGAUAUUUAAAAAGUCGGGAACGCCAAAGGCGAGAGAGAAAAACUCGUUUUUCGCACAACGUUGAAUAUUCAUUAAGUUUACGCAAAUCUCUGUCAUAAAUUUAUAUAAACUCGAGUAGGUAGUUAUAUAAGGGAUGGAUAGAAGAUAUGUUCCAUCUUAAUCCCAGGGGGAGAAUUCAAUUUUUUUUUCUGUCAACGAAGCUCAUACAUUAUGAACGGAAAAAAAAAACAAAAUAAGCCAAAUUCCUAGCAUGACGAAAAAAAUCUAGAGCAUUCGGUCUCAAAUGAUGCAAAACUGGGGAAUCUGGCAGUUUUAUAUCUUCGAGGUUGAAAUAAACGUUCAUCUAAUUAUUUAUUAUAUAUGAAACCCAUCGGACUGAAAUGUUAUCCAUACGUUUCAGGAAGUUCGUGAAUCGUAACGAACAUUGGAUUUAUCGAUAGCAUACCCCGUCAAACUGUGCUACCGAGAUGCCUUUAAAUACCGCGUGUUUCAUUUAAAAAAGAAAGAAAAAAUGAGCAGGUUCCUCGAAGCCUCGUAUUUUUUCUUUUUUUUUUAACUCACACGUCAUGGAAUCAUUGUUGUUCCCGUUGCAAAGUCAAGAUCGGACCAAACCACGCCUUAACGUUAAAUUCAACAAUAUCCAAUUUUCCACUCACUUGUAAGGUGUUAGAACGAGGUAUUGAAGUUUGUUUCGUUUUAUAACAAAACGACUGGAAAUUGACGUGAUUUCCGGUUCUCGGAAAAUCAAAAAAGGAAUAUUUUUAAAAAACGCGUGACCGACAACUUAUCGAAAGAUUUUUUCCGUUUUGUGAUCUUGUAAUGCGACUUGGCAUUAUUGAUACAAAAGAUAUUUAUGCAGUAUCAGAAAAUUGGCUUUAUUUCGUCAAACCGUUGAGGUUGAAAUUUUACGUACUACGUAUUCUCGACGAACGUACGUACGAAGUACUCGUUCUUCCAAAUAUUUUUAUAUGGAAUUUGAACGCGAUCGUCAAAGCAGGCUCACGUGAAUAUUUCUCAGUCCUGAAAUAAGUCUGACGUAUUGUCGUAACUUGAAAAUACGAAUUUAAGAGUAUCGACGAAAAAAUGAAAUGUGGUUGCACAAAAAACGAUGCAAACUCCAAUAUGCUAUGUUAAAAUGCGGAGCCGCUUUGUUAAGCACAUAACUAAAAAAAAAGAAAAAUAAAACAAGAAAAACAAACAAACCUAUAUAUUGUUUAGGUAAUAAGCGUUACUUACUUAGUCCGAGUUCAAAGUAUAGAAUGUUGGUGCGAUUGUUCUGCCGAUGAAACCGAUGAAAAAAAAGCAAAAACAAGAAAGAGUUAAGAAAAAUACACAUGUUGGAAAAGUCGGUGGAUACAGGGCAUUUUUUAGUGUUAACAAUGUACCAACAAGAUUUUUACAAAGUUAUAUACAAUUUUAUACGCGUAACUUUUUUAUCUUUCUACUUUUUUUUAAACUCCCUAUGCUUGAUUUUUGUGUUCAUAUUCAUUAAGAAACAGCUCAAAGAAAUAGAUUUGGCACUUUUGAAGUUUAUAUGAAAAACAAGUAUUUAUAGUCGUGGGACAUGAUACGCUGAAACAAAAUCUUUAUGUAUUGCUUUUUGUGCUCGCUAGUACGAAGUUGAAAAAGACGUAACUGAAAUGAACUUAUUGUCGUACUUUUACAGGGGUAUUAUUAGAAGAAUAUUUUUCAGACAUGUUUCAAUUUUUGUGAAAUCAUUUGUCGCUAAAAUUCCAUUCGAAUAAAAUUUUAGGAACGCAUAUAUAAAACAUA